AUGGCUGCGGUUGCGAGACGAACCGUUCGACGGCGAUGUGGUCUCUUCGUGAUCGCUUACCUAUGUGCCACAAUUCUGUGGAUCAGCUGUGCGGGCCAAAGGCCGUUGAAUCUUGCCGGUACGAAGAAACGGGACGUCUACAUCGCUGGAUUUUUUCCGUACGGCAGCCACGUUCCCGAGAGCCGCAUUGGUCGCGGCGUGAUGCCCUCGGUGAAGCUCGCCGUCGAUCAUAUCAACGAGGACCGCAACGUCCUCAAGAACUAUCGGCUACACAUGUGGUGGAACGACACAGAGUGCAACGCCGCCGUUGGCGUGAAGGCGUUUUUCGACAUGAUGCACAGCGGACCGCACAAAGUGAUGCUAUUCGGAGCAGCUUGCACGCAUGUGACGGAUCCCAUCGCCAAAGCUUCGAAACACUGGCGUCUAACGCAGCUUAGCUACGCAGACACGCAUCCGAUGUUCACCAGCAAUAGCUUUCCGAAUUUCUUUAGGGUGGUGCCCUCCGAGAAUGCGUUUAACGCGCCUCGCGUUGCCCUCCUGAUGCAUUUCAAUUGGACCAGGGUCGGUACCAUUUAUCAAAACGAGCCGAGAUACGCUCUGGCGCACAAUCGACUGGUCGCUGAUUUAGACGGCUACAGGAUGGAAGUGGUGGAGACGCAGAGCUUCGCCACUGAAGUUACCACGGCGCUCGAUAAGCUGAAAGAGAAGGACGUUAGGAUCAUUUUAGGGAACUUCAAUGAAUCGUGGGCCAGGCGAAUAUUCUGCGAGGCGUACAAAUUCGGUAUGUUCGGAAGAAAGUAUCAAUGGGUAAUAAUGGGAACGUACGCAGAGGAAUGGUGGCAGCGGCCCGUAGGUGGCUGCGAGCCCUCUGAAAUCGCAAUGGCUCUUCAUGGCGCUAUAUUGACCGACCUGCUGCCCAUCACCACGGAGAAACGUUACACUGUAGCUGGGAUCACGACAGAGCAAUAUCGGGUCGAGUACGAUUCGAGACGAGGCAACGAGUACUCGAGAUUCCACGGGUACACGUACGACGGUAUAUGGGCGGUCGCUCUGGCUAUACAACGCGUGGCCAACAGGAUAACGCACUACCGUCGCAAUCAGACCAUGUCUGAUUUCAGAUACAGGGACGCGUUCUGGGAGAAGCUUUUUCUCGAGGCUUUGAGGAACACCAGCUUCGAGGGUGUCACGGGGCCUGUACGUUUCUACGAUAACGAGAGAAAAGCGUACAUUCUGUUGAAACAGUUUCAAAGCGACAGAGAGGUGAAAGUCGGCGAAUUCAACGGCGUGACAGGCGUGUUAAAUCUGAGCAAAGGCGAGCCAUUGGUCUGGUGGGGCAGAUCACCACCGAAAGAUCGUACUCUUCACAUCAUCGAACACACCACCGUAAAUAUUACGAUCUACGCCGUGCUUACAUCCACGGCCAGCGUGGGUAUCGUCAUGGCGGCCAUCUUUCUCGCCAUCAAUAUUAAAUAUAGGAACCAAAGAUACAUAAAAAUGUCAUCGCCGCAUUUAAACAACCUCAUUAUCGUCGGAUGCAUGCUGACCUACAGCAGUGUAAUUUUCCUUGGGUUAGAUUCGCAGCUGUCCAGCGUAACGGCAUUUCCUUACAUUUGCACCGCCAGAGCAUGGCUACUGAUGGCUGGUUUCUCCUUGGCCUUUGGUUCCAUGUUCUCGAAAACAUGGCGGGUACAUUCGAUCUUCACCGAUGUUAAACUGAACAAGAAAGUGAUCAAGGAUUACCAGUUGUUCAUGGUGGUCGGUGUACUGUUGGUUCUCGAUUUGGGAAUUAUGACAACGUGGCAGGUGGCGGAUCCAUUUUACCGAGAAACGAAGCAAAUGGAACCCUAUCCCCAUCCCUUCAGCGAAGAUAUCAUCAUAAUACCAGAAAACGAGUACUGUCAGAGUAACCGAAUGACCAUUUAUUUAGGAUGUAUAUACGCGUACAAAGGUGUCUUAAUGAUAUUCGGCGCUUUCUUGGCAUGGGAGACCAGGCACGUCAGCAUUCCAGCGCUGAACGACAGUAAAUACGUCGGAAUGAGCGUGUACAACGUCGUGAUCAUGUGCGUCACUGGAGCGGCCAUAAGUUUUGUGUUGGCUGACAAACAAGACGCAAUGUUUAUAAUGUUGGCGAUAUUCAUUAUAUUUUGCAGCACCGCUACUCUCUGCUUGGUUUUCGUACCAAAGCUGAUAGAACUGCGAAGAAAUCCUCAAGGUGCGAUAGACAAACGAAUCAGAGCUACUCUCAGACCGAUGUCGAAGACGCGAAGGGAUUCGAGCAUCAGCGAACUGGAGGAACGUCUGAAGGAAGCUACGCUGGCCAACCAAAAGUUCCGAAAACAAUUGUUGGAGAAAGAUUCCGAGCUACAGAUGUUCCUGAGGAGGCUCGAUGAUCAAGCUGCGUCAAACACGCAAGAAGCGAUGGACAGAUUGACCGUUCCGAAACAAGAAGGGGCAGCGGUUAAGAAAGAGGGUCUCUCCAUCACGACAGAGACCACGGACAUUUCGGUGUCGAUGUGCAGUCUAAAUUCUACCACAAUCUCUCAACCAGAGGCUGUCGAGUAUACAAACGUAACCGCAAAUGAACAGCAGCAGCAGCACACCAGCAAGAAGAAGACAUCCUUCUCCAAGGUACCAGCGAUCGCGGUUGAUAGCGAACGAGUCCCUCUGGUUCUUAAAACACAGGAAACAACGAAAGAGAUCGUGGAAAACGCGUCAACAGCCCCACCUUCGGCCCUGAAGCACACGCAGGAUGAUUCUGGUCGACGGAGAAGUCGUUCCUCUGCUUCUGCCAGAGAAACCGAGCCCCUUCUCAUCGAUAGAAGUCCGGAGACGCGGCCACAAGCCGGAAAAACUAACGUCGAAUUUGUACCCGAGAUCGUCGAAGAGGGUGAUGCUGUUAUCCUCGAGGAAACGAAAAUCCCCAGGCAUGGAAAGCCCAUCAGGUGCAAGGACGAUCGUAAUAGUAGGUCCAGACUUCCAACGCCUCCGCCAGCGAAGAACGUUUCCUUCGGUGAACUUCACGAGCAAAACUACCUUGAGCAGGCGAUCCUUCCACCUCCAUUGCAAUUCGUACCCAAGCAUCGACAUUCCUGUUCAGCGGCGAACGCAUCCUCUCAUCAUUUGCUGAAAAGAAGAUCGUCCGUGAAGAACAACGGGAUGACUCAUUCUCAUCACGAGCUGUUCCAAACUCGAAGAACCAGCGUCCCAGCUAACUCCAUCAGCUAUAUUUCAACGGAGAACGUGUCCAAGUCUGAGGCGACGGAAGUCUCCGGCUUCGACAAGUCUUACGUGAUCAGUGAGUGUGGUCACAGGCGAGCGCUGCUCACUAGCACUGGCUAUCGUUGCGAGAAACAUCGCGCGAUGCUCAACGGCUCGGCGGAGACACCACCCCCGGCGAGAAAGCACAGGAAGCACUAUGACUCUCAGAACGCUAGUUCCCCGAGCGUGCCUGCGAUGGUCAGCGCGAGCUAUUCCGACACCGAAAAAUACGAAGAAUCCAUGUCGACGAUCAUCCAGCGAUCGGUGUCCGAGAAAUCACGGGAGAAGUACCCGCGUUUACGUGGCGAAGGACAGGCGAUGGUCGAAUGCCGGCAUCGCGCCGCUCGACGAAUAAGAGAGUGCAGACGAACAGAGUCGAAGCUUAGGCAGCAGGCCCGCCUCGAGUAUGUCCAGAGCACGCCAAAUGUCGCUACUAUUCACAACAACAAGUUCGCCAGUGCGAAUCCUCGGGGGGGCGGAGGCAGCGGCGUGACCGCGACCACCGCUGCCUCCGAAGUAGCCGGUAGCAGUACAGACGUUGUUGGUGGCUCCACGGUCAACGUCUCAAAGAUGUACAGUGCCGUCUCUGAUGGCGAGUUGCUCGAUCUGGCGAUCCUGCCGAUCUUUCAGAAGCUCCUCACGGAGAGGCACAAGAGUUCCUCCAGGGCCGGCUACGGCUCCAGCGUGGCCAGCUGUCCAAAUAUAUCCAUCAAAUGCGACAUCGUUGAAUACCUUUAACGAUCUUCCAACGAUUAGUUUCAAAUUUCACGCGGUGACCCC